AUGCAGAAAGUGGGUGGUGGUGGUGAUGGUGUGGUGCCCAAAAAAUGGGUGGUGGUGAUGGUGUGGUGCCCCAUCCGACGUCUUCCCUUUCGGAAGCACCCGGUGUGCGAACCCCCAUGCGCGAACAAGGGAAUCUGCGUCCGACCGGACGAAUGCGAUUGUCCAGACAAUUUCUCCGGCCCUCGGUGCGGACAACAGAUUCUCCCUGGACUGUGUGAACGAGAUCCACCCAGUCCAGAAAACUCCAAAGUUUACUGCAGCCAGCGGGACUGUCAGGUGAGAUGCGAUGAUGGCUACGGAGUACCCCCCACCGGGCAGCAGCGCCUAAAGCUGAAAUGCGAGAGGGGACAAUGGGUUCCGAACGAUGCACCCAACUUCAUCACUAUACCCGACUGCGUCCCCGUUUGCUUCCCGGCCUGCAAGAACGGCGGUGCUUGCCUGGAGGAGAACCGAUGCGAAUGCCCCAAGGACUUCAGAGGCGACCGCUGCCAAUACAGCGUGGAGGAGUGCGACAUGGGGAAGACGGAUUUCAACGGGGAGUACGAAUGCGAGGACCUCGAGGAGACCCGAGAGUGUCAGAUCUCCUGCCCUCUCGGGGUCUCUUUCACCUUCCCUCCUCACCCGACGUACUCCUGUGACUAUACCGAGGGAUUCUUCACCCCGGAGUCCAUCCCUCUCUGCGACCACUCGGAUGACGGCGACUGCGGAUACGGACUGAUGAAGGACGUGGUGAGUAACAAGUUCACCGUGCUAAUGACCACGACUCACGACUGCGAAAAUCGCUCCUCGUCGCCAUGCCUCGAGUCUCUAACCCUGAAGGUGGAAAAAGACGCUUUUCGACUCACUCUCAACGGGACGUCCCCUUCGGUGAAGAAGAACGACGCGUCUCUCUCGGUUCCGAACCACGUGGACGGGCUGGACUUUACGUGGGACGGGGAGACGUUGAGCUUGGAUGCGUCCGACCUGGGUCUCCGUCUCUCCAUCGAUUCUCAGGGGAAGGUGGAUGCCCGAGUGGAUGAGAGUCGGUGGAAGACCAUCAGUGGUCUAUGCGGCACCUUGGACGGGAACCGGGAGAACGAUUGGGUCGCCGAGGAUGGAUCCCAUCAGGAUCUUCAGGAUUUUCUUCAGGGUUGGAGGGAUCCGGGUCCGUCGUGCGAAAUGGAAAAUACGUCCAAGUCCUGUGAUCACCUUGAGAGCGCAGAGAAGUUCUGCCAGCGAUUGCUUCAUCACCCGGCCAUAAAGAAAUGCGAACAGGUGAUAGAAUCAAACUCCUUCGUGGAAGCAUGCAUCCGAGAUCGUUGCACGUGUCACGAAUCGAAUAAGGAGGCAUGUGGAUGCUCCACGAUUUCCAUCUACAUGCAAAGAUGUCGAGCCCUGGAUGGCCUCGACGACAUCGACUGGAGAACUCCUGAAUUCUGUCCCCUGAAAUGCGAGGGGAAUAUGGGGUACACCCCGUGUGCACCUUCGAGAGAGAAGACUUGCUUGGAUCAGGAAGACUUAGUGGAGGAAGAUAAGUGCCGCGAGGGAUGCACUUGCCCUAAGGGUACCGUCCUCGACCAGGGUCGCUGCAUCCCCCUUCACCAGUGUCCCUGUCGCCACCACAAUGCCACGCACGGGCCUGGGGACGUCAUUCAAUGGGACUGCAAUCGAUGCGUGUGCGAGGGAGGCAAGUGGGAAUGUUCCGGGAGGGCCUGCGGUGCGAGAUGCGCCGUGGUCGGGGAUCCUCACUACGAUACCUUCGAUGGAAGGAAAUACGACUUCAUGGGGAAAUGUUCCUAUACUCUCCUUCAGUCUGACCAGAAAUUUGCCAUCUCCGCACAGAACGUCCCCUGUGCCGGCUCCGUUUCACAGGGGCUGAAUUACCCGGUGAGCCUGAGCAAGGGAAUGCCGUCGUGCAUUCGAUCGGUGAAGAUUCAAGCGAACGAGGUGACGAUUGACCUGCUGCAGAAUCACUUGACCCUGGUAAAUGGGAGAGAGGUCAGGGAUUUCCCCGUCAAUGUCUCCGGGGGCCACGUCAUCAAAUACGCCUCCAACGUUUUCCUCUUAGUUACGUUGUCAAAUGGAGUAGAAGUUUGGUGGGACGGAGAGACCAGAGUCUACAUUGAUGCCCCGGCGGAGUUCAAAGGGAAAACAAAAGGGCUAUGCGGAACGUUCAACGAGAAUCAGUCGGACGAUUUCCUCACGCCUGAGGGUGACGAGGAGGCAGAGGAGACGAUGUUUGCAAACCGGUGGAAGACGUCGGAGUCCUGUCCCGAUUCCGAGCAGGUUCAGCAUCCUUGCGAACGGAAUCCCGGGAGGAAGCCGUCGGCCGAGAGCAUCUGUGCCGUUCUCAAAGAGCCUAUCUUCAAGGCGUGCGGAGGAGACGUCGACCCGAAUCCUUACUACGAGGACUGCAUAUACGAUGCCUGCAACUGCGAAUCGGAGAUGGGUUCCUGCGCCUGCCCCGUCAUUUCCUCGUACGGAAACGAAUGCGCUCGGAGGGGGGUGUUUUUGGAAUGGAGACAUCGAGUACGGGAAUGCGGUAUGAGUUGCCCCGUGGGUCAGCAGUAUCACGUGUGCGGGGAUUCGUGUUCGCGGACCUGUCUCAACCUUGCCCUUCACCCCGACUGCGAGAGUCGAUGCGUCGAGGGUUGCAAUUGUCCCAAGGGCCUCAGCAUGGAUGCCGAGGGCCGGUGCAUCCCCGUCGCAGAUUGUCCUUGCCUUUUCGGAAGGAAGGAGUAUCCUCCUGGGUUCGGGCAACUCAGACCGGGAUCUCGAGGAAUCCAACUUUGCAAAUGUUUGUCCGGUCGAUGGUCCUGUGAGCCCGCGGCCCCGAAUGCCACGACCCCUGCUCCUCCAUCCUCUUUCAAAUGCGACCAUUGGAAGCACCAGCAAUUCACGGAUUGCAAGCCGUCUCCGCUUCCCACCUGCCACAGUUACAUGUUCUCGGAGGAGAAGAAGGAUCUGGUGGUAUGCGAGCCAGGGUGCGUGUGCGAGGAAGGAUACGUGUUGGACGUGGACAGUGGAGGGAAAUGGGAAUGCACGAAGAAGGAAUGCAUUGGGACAUGCGUGAGCUGGGGUGAUUCCCACCUCCUCACCUUCGACCGAAAGCUCUACGACUUCCUAGGCGAGUGCAGCUACGCGAUGGCCAAGGGGAAGCUCGCCUCGGACCGCACCUUCGAGCUUGACAUUCAGAAUAUUCCCUGUGGGACGAGUGGAGUGACCUGCACCAAGUCCUUGACUCUGCACGCGGGAGGAGAGUCCGUGACGCUCGUCAGGGGAAAACCCCUUCCGCCUCAUACGGGAAAGAUAUUAGUGAGAGACGUGGGACUAUUGGUCCUAGUGGAAGUCAGGGGAAUCGGAUUGAUGGUAGAAUGGGAUCGAGGCACCAGGGUCGCGCUUCAUCUGGAUCCUCAAUGGAAGAACAAGGUGAAGGGGCUGUGUGGAAAUUUCAACGGAGACGAAGGCGACGACUUUCGCGGUCCGGCUGGGGGUUCUCCCGAGACGGAACCGGCCGUUUUUGCCGAUGCCUGGAGGCUUCAGCCCCAUUGUCCCCAUACAAAGACACCGCCAGACCCGUGCAUGGAAAGCCCGGAACGGAAGGACUGGGCCUGGAAGAAAUGUUCAGUCUUGAGGAGCGACGUCUUUCGACCCUGUCACUCUGAAGUCCCCUUCAAACCCUACUUAGAAAGCAAUCCAAUGCGACGAGACCAGUUCCAAGUACUCUCCGUGUAUGAGUGCUUGUCCGGAACGGACAUGCGAGAACAAUCUUCAUUACGAGCACGUCAACGCCUCCUGUUCCUCUUUUCCUUGCAUCGAAGCGGAGGUCGUAAAGUGUGCCGAGGCGAGCCCUGCAAAUUCACGUACGAUACCUUUCCCGUGAUUCCGGAGACGACGACGACGGCGAAGACGGCGCCACAGACGGCGUCCUGCAUCUCGGGCUGGUCCACCUGGAUCAACAACAAUCAUCCCGUUCCAUUCAAGAAUCCAGACGAUGUCGAACCCAUCACGUUCCACUGGAUCGACGUGAACCGUUAUCCGGAAUCGCCGAUCUGUGAGAUAGACGAGAUGGCGGAGAUAGAAUGCCGGACGGUUGGGACGCACGUUCCACCGAAACUCACAGGCCAGGACGUGGAAUGCAGCCUGGAACGGGGUCUCGUAUGCCGAGGGACUGAUGCCAUGCAGGGAAGAUGCCAUGACUACGAAAUCCGUAUCCGCUGCCGAUGCCGUCACGAAGGAAUCGGAACUACUACUUCAGAGCCAAUAGGGAGACGGGAAGUAGAACCCCUACUGACGUGCAAGGAAGGCUGGACUGAUUGGAUGGACGGAUCCAGUCCGGAUGAAUCCGGGGAAUUCGAGACCGUCGGUCAGUUGAGGAGACAUUACGGGUUUUGCCCAGAGCAAAACAUGGUCGACAUUGAAUGUCGACCUCGAGAGAACGACACGAGACGCCAGGGCAGCUGCGGGCUUCCUAUCGGGCUCCACUGCAUCAGCCCCAGGGAUGUCAAAUAUGCCGAAGGGAACCCGUUCCCGUGUGCCGACUACGAGGUUCGACUCAAGUGUGACUGUGGAAACUGUCUCGAUCCUCUUGGAAUGAGUUCAGGAGACAUCCAGGACUCGCAGAUUAGCGUGAGCAGCUUUCAGAGUUUGGACACGAUGGGGAAUGCUGCACGAUUGGGUCAUCCCUCAAGAGCCUGGGUUCCCAGCACUAACCAUUUGGGGCAGGAGUGGAUCCAGGUGGAUUUCGUGGGAGAGAGGAAUAUCACGGGUGUGGUGCUGGAGCCCCAUCCCGAGUUACCCUACUGGGUGGAAGCCUUCUCCUUGGAAACCAGCGUCGACGGCAGAAACUGGCUGCCAUUCUCCGUCAGACCGGCAGACGACAGCGGCGUGUUUCCAGGCAACGUGGAAGGAGAGGGAAGGAGGGAAAUUCUCUUCGAACGGAUGUUGACGACGAGACUUCUAAGAUUAACUCCUAAAAGAUCCCACGAUUGGCCCGCUAUGCGGCUCGAGAUAUUGGGGUGCAGAGUGAAGGAAACGGGAACCACCACCACCACCAGCGCACCUGUUCCGUUGAUUCUCCCUGUCACUUUCCCUCCGUCCCCCUGCAUCCAGAGUGGCUGGACCUCUUGGAUCAGCAGCCACGUCCCCACACCACAGGAUCCGGACGAGGCGGAGACGGUGCUGAUGAUGAGGGGGAAGGAGGCGUUCUGUGCCGACGAGUAUGUCACGGACUUCCAAUGUCGUUCGAGAAAUGCAUCGGGAAAACCGUUGGGAUUCGUCUGUGACUUGAAUAUGGCACGACCUCACAAGGAAGAUCCGGACGACUGCAGGGCAUUCCUACAUUGCGUUCCUCGACUGGGCUACGUGGAAUGGGUGAAGAAGGAAUGUAACAUUGGGACGCUUUACCAUCCCGUCACUAUGAUCUGUGACUGGCCUUACAAUGUCUACAAGCUGGAGGUGGAUGCCUUGUUUCUUACCGUGCAGCCCGGAGCAGUGAACUCGCUGAAGGCUUGCCUGGUGUGUCAAUGUGCAGAGAACGAAUAUUCGUGCGAUGACACUCUGUGCUACGCGACGACCCCGUCCGGGAUUCCAGCCGUCACAUGUGGAUGGCUGGAUGUGGAUGUCUCCUCGAUUCCUCCAGGCGCCGAUGCCACUUCUGAGAAUGAUCGAUGGUACAUUCUUGCAGCGAUCGAGAUGCCGAUAUCGAAGAGAUCGGAGUCUGAGAAGCUUCCGGAAGACUGUUUUCACGGACACCUCGAGGUCUAUUGCCUCUGUCCGCAGGAGACCACAGGCGAACCAACGACCACAAGCACCGGUUGCGACUCGUGGUCCGAGUGGAUCAACGAUAACCGGCCGGAUGACAUAAUGGAAUGGGAGAUGAGGACUACGGACCAGCUUCACAGUCACGGAUUCUGCCUCCAAGUGAGUCCAGUUGGACUCGAUCGAUUCGGUAAAGAUAAGCACCAAAGGGACAAGGACAUGACCAUUGGGAGAUCACAGGGUAAGGUCGAGGGAUUGGAAUGCGGAGACGUUGUGACUGGAGAGACGUUCAAUGCAAGUCGCAGCGAUAGGAUUCAGUGCGAUCUUCUCACGCAUCCCCACCUCUUCUGUUCCGGCGCUUGCCACGAUUUCCAGAUCCGAUAUUUCUGCUCUUGUGGUGGCGAAGGAUGGAUUGCCGGCGUUGAAAAUCGAGAUCAAUAUCUUCAGGUGGACUUAGGGGAACAAAAGGCGAUCCAUGGGAUGAUUCUGGUCGGGAAGGCUGGUUACGUCCUCGCUGUUCAUAUUCAAUACAGCAAAGAUGGAUCUUGGUUCAGCUUCCUUAGUCACUCCAACGGAUCCCCUCAGGUGAUUCCAGGUCCCCUGGCCCCUCACUCGAAAAUUCGGCAUCUCUUCAAAGUCCCAUUCGAGGCCCGGUACAUUCGUGUGAAUCCGCUCAAGUGGAUUAAUCACUUGGAGUUACAAGUGGACUUGCUGGGUUGCCCAGAAGACGUCGUCCACAUGACCACAGAAAGCUCCAUUACCACCACUCUCUCAGGUCGUUAUGGGGGCCUCUACGACUCCAUCCGUGAUGAGCAGGUCGUGCAUGACCGAUCCGUCUCUUUUGAAGGUCCGAAAUGCGAAGAUGCGAUGGGGGUAAAGAAUGGCGAAAUUGAGGAUUCCAUGAUCGUAGUUUCCUCCUCCUUGAGGGGGAAUGCCAGCCUUGUGCGUCCAGGUGCAACAAUGCCCUGGAGGCCUUCCACUGAUUCCAGGACUGAAUACAUACAGUUCGAUUUUCUGGAUCCUCGAGAAGUCACUGGGUUCCAAAUCUAUGGGGAUCCGGUGGACAAAGGGAACCGAGUGACCAGCUUCAAAAUUAAGUUCAGUGCAGACGGGAAACUCUGGAACACGGUCACAGACGUUUCUGGUCAAGAGGAGAUCUUGGGAUCGAAGGACGAGAGAAGUAUCUUUCUUGAGAAGCCUCUGAGAACGAGGUACAUUCGGAUCCUUCCAUUCACCUGGGAAGGCCAACACAUUUUCAUGCAAAUCGAGGUCCUGGGCUGCUAUCAGCCCUAUCUAAGUUUUCAAUUCUUCGUUCAGAACGCCCAGAGCCAGGUAUCUCGGAUCUUGGAACGAUGCGAUUGCGAGUGCAUACCUUGCUCCAAAGGAACAAGGCUGUGCCGAGGCUCCAACAUCUGCUUGAAUGAGACUCGUUGGUGCGAUGGGGUCGAGGAUUGCGACGAGGACGAACGAGAAUGUAAAAUCGCAACGACGACUCCAGAAUCGAUUCCACCUCGAAACGGUUCUUGUCUCAUUGUCGAGGACGAAAUCAAGACGUUUGACGAAGUGAAAUUGGAGGCGGAUUUUUGUCAUCAUGUACUGGCCAGAGAUUCUGCAACAACACCACCCCUUUGGAACAUUUCAUUGGAGAUGGUGUGCGAGGAGACGGAUUGUUGGAAUGCCAUUCACAUCGAGGAAGAUUCUUAUCGAGUCACCUUCCACUCCUCCAAGCAAAUCUUCUACCUUGGACGUCGAUAUCACCUUGAACAGAUCCAACGGAUCGGAGUCUUGAAAGGAAAGUUCGCGGUGCAUCAAUCUGGGAAUGUCCUUUUUUAUGAAUCCAUUCGCCAUGGAUUUAAGAUCUGGUUCAGGUCUGGCUCUCUCCUUCAUCUUCACAUCCAGAUGUCUGAGACUCAGUUUGGACGAGUGGAAGGAAUGUGUGGCUUUUUUAACGGGGAUCCAUCGGAUGAAAGAAGAACCCCGAAGGGUUCCAUCGCGGGAUCUUCUUCAGAAUUCGCAAAAUCAUGGUCUCUGUCUCAAAAGUCUUGCACCCCACACCAAUGUCCGAGCGAAGUUCAAAGCAAAGCGACGCAGAUCUGCGAUACCAUCAUGAAGACGGAAGCCAUUAAGACCUGUCUGAGCAAGCUUUCAUCUGAUGAAAUCUUGCGAACUUGCCUCAAGGCGAGCUGCAGAUGCCUAAGGAAUACAACCCAAGUCGAGCAAUGCCGAUGCGGAUAUAGAGAAUAUCUGGCAGAGAAAUGUCUGAUGAAAGGAGAGGAAAUUGGACCGAAAGAAAGCGAAUGUGAUGGUGCGAGAGAAUGUGGCCCGAACGAGGAAUACAAGCAAGAGUGUAGGGGAGAAGGAAGAUGUGACCCCACGUGUCAAAUGUCAGGUGUCAUCGAGGUGCCCUCCUGUGGGGAUACAUCUGGAAGGUGUCAUUUAGGGUGCUUCUGCAUCCCAGGGACUAUACGCCUUCAGGGAAAGUGCAUCCCCAGAGAACAGUGCAGAAAUGCGGUGUGCGAAGGUUUUGGAGAUCCCUGGUACUUCUCCUUCGAUCGGAGACCUUUCAGCUUCAAUGGAAAUUGCACAUACACCGCUCUGAAGCAUGAAAAAUUCCAGGUUCUGGUGAGGAACGAUAAUUGUGGAACCGAUCUCACCUGUCUCCAAGUCCUGACUAUAGUUAUUGGCAACCACACGACUCGCCUAAUUCCUGGAAAAACACUCCUGGGCAACGAAGCAGUGGGAGAGGGGGUGAUAAAGAAUGAUGACUUCCACUUGGUCUCCACGUGGCCGGGGGAUGAGGUUUCCGUCUUCUAUCCCUUGCUCAAUGCCGAAAUCACCUUCCAACCUCGAAUCAAAGGUUUCUUCAUUCAACUUCCCUCCUCCCUCUAUGGAAACUCCGUACAAGGACUUUGCGGGAACAUGAAUGGGAGGGCGGAUGACGAUAUCCUGACCCAGAACGUGAGCGAAUUCGCGACGAGAUGGCAGAAUUGGGAAAUGGAUGGGGCAGCAAAACAAUGCGCAGUGGGCAUGGAGUACAGAGCCUGCGCCCCCAAAUGCAUCCGGACGUGCAAGGAGAUACAGGAUGAGAUGAUGUCGCUUUUCAACCAAGUCAUCCAGGUUCGAUUAGACAUGACGCAGGGUUCGGAGGAGCAUUGUCCCUUCCUGCAGGAAUCAGAAGGUUGCUUCUGUCCACCUGGAACCGCCCUAUGGAAACCUGGUACGUGCGUGAACGAGAGCCAGUGUCUUCCUUGUGACGGCCACGACCAUUUCUUCGGAGACAUCUGGAAGCCAGAUCCUUGCACCAAGUGCACCUGUAAUGAGUAUGGGACGCAAUGCGAGAAGGAGAUAUGCCCAACUCCUCCUGUAUGUUUGUCAGGACAUCGACUCAAGACUGAAUCAGAUCAGGACCAUUGCUGUCCUCGUCUAACAUGUCGUCUGUUUCUUUCAUCCGUUUUCACUCCUAUCCCGAAAGAGAAUGGUAGAAUACGCACAUCAUUUGUUGCAGAACCUGAGAAGCGGUCGGAGUGUCCGAAAUUGGUAGAACCAGAUUGUGGAUACGGACAGGAACUUCAUCUGAUUGAAAGCAAAGAUACAUGUCCAUCCUUUGCAUGCGAAUGCGUGGUGAAGUCGAACUGUCCACCGUUGGAGAGUCCGACCUUGAACGAAGGAGAGGAGGGGGUGCUGAAUGAACAAGGCUGUUGUCCCCGCCUUGAAGUGAUUUGCAGGAAGGACAAGUGCCCGGCCGAAUCGCAAUGUCCUCCCUUCCACCGAAAGAGCAUCAUCCCAUCCACUGAGAAGCAUUGCUGCCCAAAGUUUACAUGCGAUCCACCUAAGGAUGGAUGCGUGUAUGAGCACCAGUUUUCAGUGGAUAUCCAAGGCUUCCAGCACAAACUUCAGAAUCCUCUCAACGCCCCAAAGUUCUAUAAGGUGAAUACAACGUGGAAAGACGGGUUAUGCCGUGAAUGCCGCUGCAUAGAGAAAGGAGCUGGGAAAUUGACCUCGGAGUGUGAAAAUAUCCAUUGCCCAAAUGCAACUGACCUAUUUGGGGACAUUUACGAGCUGAUCGAGGAACUGGAACCGAAUGCAUGCUGUCCAAAGUUCGCUCGGGUCGCCUGUAAAGAUGAUAAUAAUCUCCCACAUCCACCAGGGAGUUCUUGGAAGUCGAAGGAUCCAUGCCUCAAAUACGAGUGCAUUGUUAGAGAAGGUAAGGUGGAACGACUAGAAGUGAGGGAUAGAUGUCAAACCAAUUGCUCCUUGGGUUGGGUAUACAAGAAUGAGACGAUUGAAAGAGACAAAUGCUGUGGGAGGUGCGUCCAAGUGUCAUGCAUAGAUGAAGCGGGAGGUUUGAGAGGGAUGGGAGAGAAGUGGACUUCACCGGACCAUUGCUGGAAUUACAUCUGUCUUCCAUCCCCCGAUGAGGCUUCCGUAAGUCUCAUUCUAUUUCCAGUCAUCCCAGGUAGCGUUCGGAAUUCGGAGGAUGAGCCCAUCCUGCAGCUGGUGUCGAAGGGGGAAAAGAUUCAGUGUCCGUUGGUGGACUCAGGAUGUCCACCGGAGGAGCUUUAUACGGAUCCCACGGGAUGCUGUCAACUCUGCAAACACAUUGGUUCAUCGCUUCGAAAUUGCGUGAAAGAAUAUGUGAAUGGAAGCGAGACGCAGGGUUUGAUUCGAGUCCAACACCCAGCAAAGAAGGGCGUUUUGUGCAAGAAUCCGGACCCCAUACCAGAAAUGGCUUCCUGCGUUGGGAAUUGCUUCUCCACGGCCACUUUCGAUUCAGUGCUAGGAUCCUACAAGCGAGUGUGCGAUUGCUGUCAACCGGAGAGAUUCAAGGAUACCUCGGUGAGAUUGAGUUGUGAGGACGGAUCUUUCAUCACCCAUGCCCUCAAGCUUCCCUCUUCCUGUUCCUGUGCUCCUGGUUGUUAAUGUCCUCCUUUGGCCAUUCAUAAGCAUUACGUUGCAGCAUCAUGUGAUUCUCCAUAAGCCGCCU